AUGCUCGCGGGGCUCACAGCGCGCUACUCGAGGGGAGCCGCGGCCGCGCGCUCCGCCGUCGCGCGAUGGUGCGUCUACCGGCUUGAAGCCGGCUGGCUAGCGGCCACCGCCGAGUACCGCACGUCGCGCGGACCGCGUGAUUUACCUUUACCUCCCCGUUCCGCGCAAGUCGACCCGAUCGGGGUCUGUGGAUUAUUUCCCCGUUCCCCUCCCCCUCCCCCUCCCCCUGCCAUCGUCCACUCCACCCCACCUGCCAGGUCUGCCGUCUCAGCAACGCUUCUCCCAACCGCACAUGCGCCACCUGCCUCACCCAUCCUCCCUCCUCCCGCACCCCCCUCCCUCUCCACACCCACCUCCACCACUCCCCACCCCUCCCCGCCUCUCUCCUCCUCCUCCUCUCCCCACUAUUCCCUCUUCACUCAAACCAUCCACCCCCUCAUCCCCGCGCCUCUCCCCACCUCCUCCUCCAUCACCCCCACCUCACCCGCCCUCCCCUUAACCCCCACGCGCACCUUCGUGCAGCUGCGCACCAACCUACAAGUCGCCGACAACUCGGGAGCGCGCCGCGUGCAGUGCAUCAAAGUCCUGCGCGGGCGCGCGCCCAACGCGGCAGGCCUGGGCGACGUGAUCAUCGCCUCAGUGAAAGACGCGGAGCCGCGGGGGAAGGUGCGCAAGGGGGAGGUAGUGACGUGCGUGGUGGUGCGCGCCGCCACGCACCACAAGCGCAAGGAUGGGACCGAGGUGCGCUUUGAUGGGCCGGCGGCUGUGGUGAUCAGCAAGGCGGGGGAGCCGGUGGGGACGCGCGUGUUUGGGCCGGUGCCUCAUGAGCUGAGGGCGCGCAAGAUGCUGAAGCUGCUCACCCUUGCACAGCACGUCAUAUAA